ACGCCAGAAGUUGAUAUGUUACAAGUUGCGAAGAGUUCCCAAAAUCAGCGGAAAUCUCUAAGAGGGUUUGCUCCCGAAGUUGGCUUGUCCAUUGUGGAUUAUGGACGGCUAUACGACAUUGAUCAAUUCUAUAUCGACUGCCAAAAUUUCCGAGAUUAUUAUAGAGAUCCAUAUAAUAAACUACCAAGGCCCUCGGAGUUCAAGCGACACCAUGGUAAAUGUGGCCUUCGAACAAGGGAUAAGUGUAGCGAAUUGUUAAUGCUGCCUGUGAAUUGGGUUCGUGAAACUCAACCAGUCAUUUAUCCAUUGAACUACGGACGUCAAUUGUCUCUAAACGAAGGCAUAAAACUGACUGGCCAAUAUGAUUGGACUUCUUGUAUUAAAUAUAAAAGGUAAACAAAAUACAAGAAAAUGUCUCCAUGUUAUUUUUCAAGCAGACCCCUUUAAA